AUGGCCUCGUCUGAUCUGCUGUAUCCAAUAUUUUGGAUACCAUGGCAACUGUCCUACUUGCACACCAACUCGUUUCUUAUCGGUGGUCAGCUUGGUCAGGCCUUGUGUAAGCUUCUCCCUUUCUUUGGUACCGUUUCCUUUACCGUUUCGAUUCAGAAUCUGAUUCUGAUAGCGGUGGAUCGAUUUGGAGCCGUGGAGUUUCCACUCCGUUCCCCACUCAUCAGAUCUAAGCUGUGUCCCUUCGUCAUUCUCACCACAUGGAUAGUUGCCGUAGCUUUCAAUUGGCCAGACUUGUUCACUUACAAGCUCGUUGAACACCCAGAGGGAACCUUUUGUGAUCUGGAAUGGAAGGAAGCAUUCGGAGAGUCCUCAUCCUUUGCCAGUUUCGUACUAGCUUACCACAUUCUGUCUAUAUACAUCCCUGUGUUGUUGCUAGUUAUUCUUUACUCCAUCAUUGUUAUCAAGCUCAAGACACAGGUACACCCGGGUGAACAGUCCGCCAACACACAGCAACAGCGGGACAGAAGAAACAGAAACGUGCUUCAAAUGUCCAUUGCUAUCGUUACAGUGUUUGUGUUUUGCUGGUUACCUUACUCUAUCAACUUUUUAAUCAUGUUGUAUCAGGACGCUUUCACGCAUUUAUCGUGUAAUUUAUGGAUAUCCUAUGAAGUCACCUCUUAUAUGGCUAGCGCGUACUGUGCUAUCAACCCAGUUAUCUGUUUCGUGUUUAGCAGUAAUUACCGAAAAGCUCUUAAAAGACUCAUAAAAUGUUCUUUUGUACAGGCGUAG